UUUGUAGUCUCAUGAAGAAAAGUAACUUGUUUUUUUAAAAGGCAAAGCUAAUGAGACUGGUCAGAGAAAAUGCUGAACUUUGCCUUGUGUCUCCUCAAAUGAAUCUCAGAUCUUGUUUUUCAAGUCAAGACACAGAAUGCAUCUACUAGCAGACACCAUUAGCCUUUUGCUCUCCAAAUUGUUACUCUUCUAAACUGAGCAGUCCCCCACUUUAACAAAAUCUUGCUACAGGAGUCUGGCAGAACCAUGCGAUUGAACAUUUUAUUCAUCCAAUAUACCUUACAGACAUUAAUUAAUUAAUCCUCAGAAUUCACUCUGAGGGAGGCAAAGUAUUGUUAUCCCCAUUUUACAAUGGGCACACCGAAACACAAAAGAACUUCUACAACAGGGGUGGGCAAACUUUUUGGGCCAAGGACCACAUCUGAGUGGGGAAAUUGUAUGCCGGGCCGGGGCAGGGGUGCUGGAGUGAGUGCGGGAUGUGGAAGUGGGUGCGGUGUGCGGAAGUGGGUGCGGUGUGCAGGAAUGGGCUCAGGGCAAGGGAUUGGGGCAGAGGAGGGGUGCAGGGUGCAGCAGGGGGCUCAGGGCAGGGGAUUGGGACACAAGAGGGGUGUGAGGUACAGGCAGGGAGUUGGGGGGCAGGGUACAGGAGGGGUUCGGGAUCCAGCCCGGCGCCGCUUACCUAAAGCAGCUCUGGGGUGGUAGCGGUGCACACCAGGGCCAGGGCAGGCUCCCUGCCUGCCUGUGCUGGCCCCACGUCACGUCACGCCACUUCGGGAAGUGGUUGCGCAGCCCCUGGGGCAGCACCACAGGGCUCUGCAUGCUGCCCUUGUCACGCCUCCAGGUACCUUCCCCGAAGCUCCCAUUGGCCAUGGUUCCCUGUUCCCUGGGGGGCGGUGCCUGGAGGCAAUGGCAAUGCAUGGAGCCCUCUGCCCCUCCUGGGCCCCAGGGAUGUGGUGCCAGCCGCUUCUGAGAGCUGCGCAGGGCCUGCAGCACCACGGGGGGCAAUCCUGUGGGCUGGAUCCAAAGCCCUGACAAGCCAGAUCCAGCCCACGGGCCAUAGUUUGCCCACCCCUGUUCUACAUUAAGGAAACUUACUCCAGCACAACUACAUAAAUGUAGUUGCAACAGAGCAGAUCCCAAAUGUAGGUGGGCUACCCAGGUGCCUCUUAAUCCAUUUCACUUUAAUUUUCACAUGGGGACGGUUCUUCUACCUCCCUGAUUCCCUGACUGACACAUGCCACUGCCUCCCUCAUCAACACAUGCACUAGAUAUAAAAAACACGACUAAAUUUAAGUAGGAUGGGGAAAUGCUUCCACUACUGAUGACUGACCCUCUUCCCAUAAGGUGCAGAGCAUCAACUUCUAUCAGUGGUUAACAGUGUCCUAGAUGGAAGAUGCUAGUUCCCUGGCAGGGGCAGCCCCUUUAUUAAUACUCUCAUAAAAAGCAGCCAACUGUGCUUUUGCUGGAAGUUCAAUGGUAGGAAUAAUCCCAGAGUAAAGCUGCAAAUCAGAGUUCAGUUUUUACAGCCAACCGCAGGUAGGAAGGGGUUUCUGACUAAGUCCCUAACUACAGCUUCUUAAACUGGACACCCUGAGAACUCUCAGUCUCUCUAAAACGUGAGAGUCUCUCUCUUUAGGCAGCCAGAUGCUCUCAUCAUUUUAGCUGCGAUUUCCGCAUUUAACCUUGAAAUAUGCAACAUUUUAUCCCUUUGCCUGCCAGAUUAAAGGUAAAGGGCCCCUUAAUCUAGCCAACAGAAACUAGUGGCUGAAAGAUGAAGUCAGCGAAAUUCAAACUGGCAAUAAAAUUCAGCUACUUAACGCUGAGUGAGGGCAAUUAACCAUGGGAACAGAUCAGGGAGGGAUGUAGCAAAUUCUCCACCUCGGAGAGGCUUUAAAUCAAGCUGGGAAGUCUCUCGCUGAGAUACGCUUCAACCCCGCACGAAUCCUUGCUCCAAUCCCGUGUCUGUGUUGCACAGGUCAGACUGGGGAAACAACGCGGUCCCUUUGCGAUCUCCCUCUGCUAGGGCGGCUGAAAAGCACAGUUCUGUUUCCGGGACAUAAACAAGGCUUAGGGCAGCGGUUCUGCCCGCCCGGCUGCCGGGAACAUCUCCACUUAUGGAGCAGAAGAGCCCCGCGGUGGGCGGGGGAAGCUGGGUUAAAGCCUCCCCGCAGCACAAAGCGGCCAGGCGCCGCGGCAGGAGGCGAAGCGCCGCGUGCAGCCGGCUGCAGACUCCCUCCAGGGCCGCAUUCAUUGCGGGGAAGCCGGGCCAGCGGCUGCCCCUCGCCAUGAACUGCAGCGAGGCGCUGCGCCUGCGGACCCUGCUCAGCCACCUGCUGCGGCAGCUGCCCGGCGGGGCCAACGCCAGCCGCGGGGCCGCCGCGCCGGCGGGGGACGACGCCUACCUCUACAUCCUGCUCAUCAUGAUCUUCUACGGCUGCCUGGCGGGCGGGCUGAUCCUGGCCUACACCCGCUCCCGCAAGCGCGAGUCCAAGCACGACCCCUACCACCUCUACAUCGAGCGCGACUGGAGCGGGCGGCCCGAGGGCGCCGACCAGCCGCUGUGAGCCCCGGGCCGGGCCGCGGAGCGAGCUCAGGGGCUCGCGCCCAGACCCCAGCAGCGAGCGGCUGGGCAGGGUGAUGGCCCGCAGCCGGGCUGCUCGCCAGAGAGCGGCCACGGACCCCCCACCGCGUCCCCGGGGAGAAGGCGGGGGCCGCGGGAAGAAGAAAAUCUACUUGAGCCUGAGGUAACCUGAGACCCUCCCCGCUUCGGCGCCCCAGCGAGCCGGAGUGAGCGCGCGCGCCCGCCCGGAGCGCCUGGGCCAGGCGUGGGGUGGAAACAGCGCCCCCUGCCGGCAGCGCUCGCCGCUAAAGCCGGCCAGCCGGACCCAGCCUGGCUCCAGACAAAGGCAACCCCGGAGACUCCUUUUGCGUGAGAGGCAAAAGAGCAAAUAACGCGAACAGACGUCGAUGAAGAGGGGUUUAGGUUUUAAACAUUGUUUUCAGAACUGGUAUUUUCUGUAAGGAAGGACGUCUCUAAAGACCUAGACGGUAUCUCUGGGAGAGCAAAGCUGAGGGUACACACAGGGAUCGCCCUGAGCAGCCAUUCAUAGAAUAUCAGGGGUGGAAGGGACCUCAGGAGGUCAUCUAGUCCAACCCCCUGCUGAAAGCAGGACCAAUCGCCAACUAAAUCAUCCCAGCCAGGGCUUUGCAAAGCCUGACCUUAAAAACCUCUAAGGAAGGAGAUUCCACCACCUCCCUAGGUGUAACCCAUUCCAGUGCUUCAUCACCCUCCUAGUGAAAAAGUUUUUCCUAACAUCCAACCUAAACCUCCCCCAAUUCCACAUAAAUUAGAUCAAAAGGCAAGAUACAAAUAAAAGGACAAUUUUCCAAAGCACUAAUGGGAGUUAGGUGUCCAAUGCCAGUUGACUUUCUGAUUUCCCUGGGAUCCAUUUGUGUAACCUCAUUCCAAGAAACUGAUUAGCUUUUUUACUGUCACCAAUGACAGGUCAGAGAUGAGACCCAAACCUGCCAUGAGCUCUGUGCAGGCCAGUCCCUGUGUCCACCCAGGGUUCAUUACAGGAUGGGGGGCUAAGGCAGGAAGCAGAAUUUUCUUUUGAACUUUUCCUUUUAUUUGAACUUAAUCAGUCUAAAUCUCAACUAUACUUAACUAUAUUUGAGUUUCAGAUGUAUUUAGCAUUCUUCAAUAGAGACAUUACUACAAGCUAUGUAGCUAGGUGAACAGGAAGAAAUCAAAAUUGGCAAGUGUUUUGGCUAAACAUCAAAUCAAAUUUGGCCCAAAACAAAGUAUCUGAAAUUCAGCUCAACUCCAGUAAGAACCUUAUACGUAAUGAACUACUCUGUGGGAAUUAAGCCUUUGUCAACAUUGUAUACAUCACCAAGUAGCUACUGAGAUAAAAAAACAGAUUGUGUAAUGCAAAAGGUUUAUCUUGUAACAUGGUUGUCCUUUAACAAUUGGGACUGAUUUGCAUUCAUUUUCUACUAUAUCUCUAGAUAUUUUUCUUUUGCUCAAAUGUUUUCAAGCAUUAUAUAGGAUAAGGUAUUUCUCUUUAGAUGGGCUAGUCCUAUUCAAUUUUAUCUGAACUAAAAAUGCUGUUACUGAAAAAUUGCUUUGAUCAAUUUUUAAAUGCAACGGUUUCUAAAGACACUCACAAUAACUUAAAUUACAUGAAAAUUAUCUGUUUCUUUGUAACAUCUAGCCCUAUAACACUAUGAUUAAAAGACUUAAGUGCAUUAAGACUGCAUACAGUACUUUUUAAAAAAAUAUAGCAAAUGAGGCCUGUCCCUCUGUGACAUUCCUCAGGGUACAAUCUGGAUUGUUGGACAGCUGCAUUCCUUUGAAAAUCCAACUUGGGGUACCUUUUAUACCACUCUGCUGUAAAAACAUCCACUCCUGGACUGUUCACACACAGCCGCUAGCAUGCAAAAUCACUUCCAGCUACGUUACAUAAAUGCUCUGCCAGCCGCUCAUGAAUUAUGUCAGGGAAACACCAGCAAAUUCCAAAUUCCAGCCUUGUCCCCCAGAAAUGUGCCUCUUGUAUUGCCCAGCAUCUGCUGCACAAAGCAAGCUCAUAGAAAGUCUGUCAUUUUAUCAAAGGAAAAUGAUAUGCACAGGUGCUGUUAUCUCAAGUGGUGGUUCCUAAACACUUCAGUCCAAACUCACAUUGGCUUAGAUAAAACAAGUUUAUUAACUACAGAAAGAUAGAUUUUAAGUGACUACAAGUAACAAGGCAUAAAAGUCAGAACUGGUUACAAAAGAAAUACAAGAUAAAAUGCAACUGACAUCUAAUUUAAACUAAAAUGGAUUCAGAGCAAAUGUCUCUCUCUCACUGACAUGCUAUAAAGAGGCUGGAUUUCCUUCCAGCCAGGACUACCCCAAGCAGUUCAGUAUGUCCUUCUAUUGUUGUUCAGAUGUUGAUAAUGUAGCCAUCAGAGAUAAACAGAGGAGCAGAAUAAAGUGUUUUCACCCCUUUUAUAAUUCAGUCCUUUGUUCUAGAAAGAUCUUCAAUUUCCAGCUGAGUCAUCUGGUGACAGCCUGUCUCUUGUGGACUUGAGCUUUAGGCCAUCCCCGUGAUGGAAUGUAAAUUUCUUGUUCACUUUCUCCCACUGCUGAAGAAUGUUCACUUAACUAGAUGAUAGCCUUGUUGUCUCUGAGGAACUGGUUUUUGGGUGUUCCCCAGAAUAACAUCAUAUUUCAGUAACAAUCAUCCAAUGAAGUGAGCUGUAGCACACAAAAGCUUAUGCUCAAAUAAAUUUGUUAGUCUCUAAGGUGCCACAAGUCCUCCUUUUCUUUUUGCGGAUACAGACUAACACGGCUGCUACUCUGAAACCAAUCAUACAGUAGACUCUUAUGACUUUACAUAUAGUGUUGCUACACUUUACCAGGAUAAUAAUAAUCAGCAGAUUAUGACUUUUCAGAUGAUGCCACACAAGGUAUACUUUGUACAAUAUAUAUUGUAACCUUGUAACAGAGAUCAUAGUGGCCUACCCUGUUACACCCUCCCUAUGCUAUGACUUCAACAGCUCAAAUAAAGUCUACAACACCAAGUCUGCAGCUCCUAGCAAAGCCUGGUGCUUCUGUGAUCCAAAUCUUUUCCUAUAAAUCUUACAACAAUACAUGGAUUGGGAGUGAGAGAGAGUACACACAAGAGAACCUAACCUGAGGAGAGGAAUUUGGAGCGGACAGAGGAAAAUUAGGACCCUGGAACAAAAGUUGUAUGUGCUGAAGUCCAAAUGGUUGCAGGAGUCUAUACCUAUGUUAGAAUUCAGACAGCAGCCUGACUUAUGCUGAUAAUAUACUACUUGUGUUUUUGUAACAAAACCAAGGAAAUUCCCCAGUCACUUUGAUAACUUACAAUAAAGUUAGUUACAAAAAUGUAAUUCCAAGAAUAUGUUAAUUAAUAAAACCUAAGUCUUAAAG